AUGUCAGCUCAUAAGAUUGUUCUUGUCACUGGAGCCACUGGGUUCCUUGGGAAGGUAGUUGUCGAGGAGCUCUUGCGGCUUCGUGAAGCCCAUGAUAUCCAGCAAAUCAUCCUACUGAUACGUAAGAAAGACCCAUUGAAUGCAAAGGCUCGUUUUGCUCAACAGAUAUCUUCAUCUCCAUGUUUCAGCCUUCUACCGAAGAAUUGGGUUGAAUGCGUCCAAGUUAUGGAGGCUGACUUGGCAAGUUUCCAGUGCGGUCUGGGCGACAACGAAUACAGUCAGGUCUGCGAUGCUGUCACUCACAUCAUUCACACUGCUGCUUGCAUCAAGUUCGAUAGCGAGGUCUCAGAUGCCAUCUCUUCCAACAUUGAUAGUUCUCGUAAUGUGCUAUCACUUUCGAAGGAUUGCGAUAGACUUCAACGGCUUGUCGUCACGAGUACCGCUUACGUGACUCCACCUCAGGCAGGUCCCAUCUAUGAGAGCUUGGUCGACCUACCACGUCCGGCUAGCAGAUUGAUCAAUGAGCUGAAGACCGGCGUCAUUGGGAAACAGCAAGCUAUAGCUGCCACUGGACAUCCAAAUAUUUACAGUCUUUCAAAGUGCCUCGCCGAACAUCUGAUUUGCGAGACAAAGGGCUCACUUCCUGUCACUAUUGUUCGACCGAGCAUCAUUUGCGCCGCGCUGGAGCACCCAAUGCCUGGAUGGAUCGAUAGUAAGGCAGCGUUUGGAGGCUUAGUUCUCGGCUUCGGCAGUGGUGUUCUUCGAGUCAUCGACGGACGGCCAGAUGCCAAGCUGGACAUGGUGCCCGUCGAUGUAGUCGCAGGGUGCCUUAUCCGCGAGGCCUUCCGUAUAAGCUGUGAAGACAUUGAGAGGCCAAAAGUCCGUAUUGUAUUUUCGGUUUCAACAAAAGAGAGGUCUGUCACCUUAGGAGAAGCUUGCAGACUACUGGAACGAUUCUUCAAAGGAUCCUUCCAAUACAUUGGUCCUCAAGGGCACGCUUUACAAUUCUACCAGUUCCUUCACCAUUACUUUCCUCUCCAUAUGCAUGCGGUCGCCAACCGUUUGCAGGGUAAUAUUAUGGGGGAGAAAGCAGCGAAGAGGUCGUGGAGGAUCGUAAGCGGUAUGAACGCUGUCUUCAGCCCAUAUACCAACUACACGUACGAUUUUCGACCACUAGAGCCGCCAGCUUCUUUCGACUCGGAUGAAUAUAUGAGAACUAUUUGCAGUGGUGUUCAAAGGAACCUCAUGCGGUCUAAGAUCUAG